ACACCACACCACGCUAAACCAAACCGCCGUGAUAUUUCAUCGCAUUGCCGAAAGUGCCAAACAGCAUACCGCAUACACGAUGACGAGCCCCACGCUCGCGCGCAAGGCCAAGCUCAAGAACCACCUCGUCUCCGCGAAGGCCAAGCUCAGGCAGCACGUCACCCUCCGCCGCAUCGUCCUCGUCGCCGCCGCAUCCGCCGCGGCCUUCAUUCUCCUCCUCACCGUCCGCACCCUCUCCGCCUCGCACGCCAGAUCACCGGGCGCCGCCUCGUCCACCACCUCCCCGCCCGAGGCCGUACGGCGCAACACGCAGCAGCAACAGCAGGGCGGGUGCGCGAAGCUGCCUGGGCCCGUCGCCGAGGCGCUGGUUCACUACGCGACCGCCAACGCGACGCUGCCGCAGACGGCGGCCGAGGUCGCGAUGACCGCGCGCUUGCUGGCGCAGCGCGCUCCGUGCAACCUCCUGGUGUUCGGCGGUCUUGGCCCCGACAGCGCGCUCUGGGCGGCGCUCAACCACGGCGGACGCACCGCCUUCCUCGAGGAGGACGCCGCCCUGAUCACCGAAGUUGGCGCUCGCCACCCGGGCCUCGGCCUCGAGUCCCACCAGGUCGCCUACCAGACCACGCUCGCCGACGCCGACGAGCUCCUCGGCCUCCGCGGCUCCCCGGACUGCACCGCCUCCCCGCCCAAGGAUCAUCCACUCUCGCCGGACCACUUCGAGGGAUCCCCAUGCAAGCUCGCCAUGCGUGGGCUGCCGGCAGCGUUCUACGAGACGGAGUGGGACGUGAUCAUGGUGGACGCGCCGAUUGGGUGGGUGCCAGAGGCGCCGGGGAGGGUGGGCGGCGCGAUAUACAUGGCCGGGAUGGCGGCGCGGGCACGGCGGCCGGGGAGUGGCGAGACGGAGGUGUUGGUCCACGACGUGGACAGGACGGUGGAGGACAGCUUCUCCAGGGCGUUCCUGUGCGCAGGCUACCUUGAGGAGGAGGUCGGCAGGCUCAGGCGCUUCGCCAUCCCGAGCCACAGGGAAAAGGAAGGAAUGCCAUUUUGCCCUUGAGAGCAAAACAUAAGCACAUACAACUACAAAAAUCUAUACUACUAUGUUUGUAGGAUUUAGAACCAAAAGGAUCUGCAACAUGGCAAUUCCAAGAUUCUUGAUUUCUUUUUGUUGCCCUGGGACGAACAAGAAUGUUUUGAUUUCUUUUGAUCCAUUUUCAGUUAUAAACAUGGGAAGAUGGGAUCUGUUGUAUACGGACUCCAGGAUGAACACUCCCUGUGACAUUAAUUUGUGUGAAUUCUUUCCUGAAUUUCAGUGAUCUAUCUUUUGGAGUACAUUUUAAAUUUUCCA